AUGAGCCACGGUACCCGCGUAACAGAAAAUCGGUCACGGGGAUUCAGCAUCAUCCGUGACAUUUAUUACCCACAAUAUGGUCUGGCUAUAGAAAUCCAAGGAGUACAACACGAAAAAUAUCACGAAGGCGAUCCCAAUAAUUUUAUUAAACAGCAAGCACGGGAUCAACUCAAGAAUGAAUUGUGCGAAGAAAAUUGGAUCGUUUUAAGUCAACUUUGUAUUGAUUAUGGUCGACUUCUUAAAACUGUUCAGCAUGGACAUAAACUGGGAUGUGCUCCUGUUAUUGUUGGCUUACGUCCUCCACUGAAUGAUUCUAUAUGGAGACAUAUUAAUAUUCAAGAACAAGGGUAUGAAGUUACUGUGUUUGAUCGGGAUCCUAUAUCACAUCGUGAAAAGGAAUUCGAUAUAAUAAUAAAGCUUGCAGUUAGUGCAGUAAAGACUAUUACUACUAAUGACCCUGGUAUAUUAAUUCUGGUUACUGGAGAUCGUGAUUAUACACCCUUGUACCUUGGUAGAAAGGGCCCUGGAAAAUAA